GUCGGAACCAGAGGCGGCCGACGGUCGAGCGACGGCCUUGGGACUGCCAGUGGCUGCUGGAAGUGUGGCGUAGGAGGUGGGGGUGCGGAAAGUGGAGACGGAGAAAUACGGACGGCGAAGACGGCGGUACGGACAGAGGAGACGAGAAAUGGAGCCCAGGCAGCUCCAAGAGGAGUUUAUCCAGAUGAAAGAAGAGAUGGCACGACUGAAGGAGGAACUGACACAUCGCCAUCAAGAGGACAUUGCCCGUUUGGAUGGGGAACUGACCACUCUGAAGAAAAACUGCGACUCACUGAGUGAACAGGUGGUCGGCCUGGAGGGAGAAGUGGCCACACUGAAGGGAGACAACGCCACACUGAAGGGAGACAACGCCACACUGAAGGGAGACAACACUACACUGCGUCAGGAGGUGGUCCAUCUACGUGAAGAGGUGAUCCGCCUGCGGCAGGCUGUCCUCGAGGAGCGCACCACUCGCCAGGUCGUCGUGGAGGAGCUGCGGCAGGAGGUCCGCCGGCGAGCGGCGCCAUCCGACCGUUCGCAGAGUGACGGCGAGGAGGGGACUUCACUGAAGGCCGACACUUGCGACACGACAAGUGACACCAUCAGCACAUGUGACGUCAUCACCCAAACUGCAGAAGAGGCGGGGCCGGCGGGCGGUGACGUGCCAGAGGCUGCACCGCGAUGGGCUUCUGCCAUUUGCCUCUUGGACCACGAGUUGUUGAAGAUGGUGCUGAGCAAGAUGGACUGCUGGGAGAUGUUCCGCGCCAGGCGGGUCUGCCGUCGGUGGCGGUCCGCCGUCGACGAUAUCGUCAGCGACCGUCGGCGGGAGCUAACCGAUCAGAAAACCCGCGGUGGAGAGGUCGCUACGCCGGUCACGAGCCUAGAGCUCGUAUUGAAGGCACAGGACCAGCCGAAGAUGACCGAACUGCAGGCGCCGACCGCUGAGACGGACACCGACCUCCGACUGGUCGCGGCCACCUGCCACGCCCUGGAGAAGGCUAACCUCCGCGGCUUCAAGCUGAAAGCCUCUGCCCUGCGCCGGCUGGCGCGUGCCAACGCCUCCAGUCUGCGUGAGCUGACGCUGCCGGCCGGCAUCAGCGACUGGCAGCUGGAGGCGCUGCUGGAGCCGCUGAAGGCUCUGGAGCGGCUCGAUGUGAGCCCACCCGUGGACAGCUCCGGCAAGUGGCUGCGGCUGCUGCCCAAGUCACUGAGGAGACUGGACAUCACUGGGUUGGGGAUGACUCGGACACCUUGGACUUUGAAAAGAUGUCCGGAGGGACUCUUCGUCUGCAUACAGCUGGCAACGGACGCACUCCUGGAGCAGCUGGCUGUUCUGGCGACCCAUUCAGUCACGGGACUGUUUAUACCUGCGUCACCGUCUGUGACACCGGAAGCGACGGGACGCCUCCUGACUGCCCUCACCAGCUUGAAGGGCGUCGGUGUCGGCGGAUCCGGCGUCAUUUCCGAAACUGUGCUGUCCGCCCUCCACGGUUGCUCCCAGCUGGAUACGGUGCAGCUUAAUGACACCCGGCGCCUCACGGACAUCCCUGCCCUGGCCCAGUCAGAGGUGGCAGUGGUCAGCAGGAUGGCAGUGACCUGCAGGAAACUGGAGACACUGUACAUCAAAUCCUCAACUGAAAACUGCCAGGCCGUCCUGACUGCCCUGCACGAGACAGACCUGGGAUGUGACGGUGGCCAGUCUCGCACAAUCACUCUCUAUGUCCCCAAGUCUGCAUACGACAAGCUUACUAAGCCACCCAACGGCAGCAAAAUCACCGUGUACUCUCUAAAAGCCUGACUAAUCAGUGCCUCGACCGCUCCGGUGCCGGGUGGCAGUGUCGGAACUCGACAACAGAUGGCAGCACCGUGUCUAGUCUGUAGUGUCGGAACUCGACAACAGAUGACAGCACCGUGUCUAGUCUGUAGUGUCGGAACUCGACAACAGAUGGCGCACCGUGUCCCGUCGGCAGCGCUGUAAGGAGCACAAUGCACAUCAAGACCUCCAUAAUUCAUAAAUCAUAAUUAUCCAGAGUUGUUUUGAGCCGCCCUGUCCCAUCGGCUCAGGUCCGCGGGUACUUUACCGCCGUACCAGGCUGGUUUGGACUGAGUGGCCACCUAAAUGUUUGAUCAUUUGAGCACAGAUUGCUACGUUUGUUGACACUGCUUUGAUAGACACUAGUUAUAUUCAGUAUCCGAGAUGUAUCACGCUCCGGGCCACUGUCCAGCCGUCGGUAAACCGUUGUCACCGUGCCGGAGAUACCGCCGUGGUGACGUCACGUGUGUUGUCGUGACGUCACGCUGGCUCACACCGUUGUGCUGUUGUGUUGUUGUUUCAGUUUAGACCAGAGAGUGGUUGGAGCUAGCUGUGAGGGUGUCCGGUCCGGGCGAUAUCGGACCUCGCCCGUCACUGUGUCGGACCGUCGGUGGUCCGGUCGGCUGUGGUUGGUUUGGACCGGAUAUGUCCGGUUCGGUGUCGCUCAUGGGAUAUCACGGGCUGAUGGCGAUUGAAAUACACAGUGGUUCAGACGUUCAAUACACAAAUGUUACUGG